AUGGCCACGCGCUCCCACUGUGCGCUCGCGGGUGCCCUGCUGGUGGCGAUGGUGGCGACGAGCACACAGUCGCCGCACGGACAGGGGAGUGCGCGCAUCACCGACGGCAAAGCCGCUAGGCUCGGCCAGUUCCCACACCAGGCUCUCGUCCUCGGCGACGGGACCCACAUAUGCGGCGGGUCGCUCAUCAGCAAAACUGCGGUGCUCACCACCGCCUACUGCACCGUCAAGUGGAAGAAGUUUACCAUUCGACUGGGAAGCAUUCGUCGGGAUAGGAACGAGAGCACAUCCUGGAUCGUGGUCGCGCAUUGGGUGGUGGCCCACCCGGACUACGACACGGAGGGCUAUUACGGCCACAACGUGGCUGUUAUAUUCCUGCCCAAGAGCGCUCCCCUCAGCAGUGAGUAG